UUCUAAAGGGAAAGGAGCAGGAUUCUUAUUUUGAAGGUCUACAUAGAGAAUGCAAGUGUUUUACUACAGCCGUGUGGAGACUGUGGAGCAAAUUGCUUGAUGACACUAUGUAUUAUGUGAAUAUGGAAGUGGAUGUCCAUCUGAAUGGCGUGAACAGGAGCUUGUGCUUCAGCAUAAUUAAGGUCGCUCACGAAGCGGUGUGUCUCGCGAGAGCAUCUAGAGUUCAGUGGAGUAAGGAAUCAAGCAGGUGAGCAGACGACCCACACGAGGCUCCGCUACACAACGUUCUGGGUCAAAGUUGAGGAGCGCGAGGACCUGUUCAUGGCAAGCGACCAGCAAGGUAUUUACUUGUGAUUAUACACUGUUUAAUGUAUUUAAGUGCCUUUAGCAUGUUUACAGACAAACAACAGACUUAAAUCCUUACUCUUGGCUAAUGCAGUUCUCACGGUGUGAAGGAAUGACUGAAACACUGAAGGAAACAGACAUAAGCGCCCGUUUCAUAGAGAACCCACCUGAGAUCUCAUUCACCACAGGUGCUGAGGUCACAUAUAAUUCAGGCAGAACAGACCUGAACACACGAUGGAGUCAAAUCACUGCAAAUCACCAGUUAAUGGGUUGAAGAUUCUAAACUGAACACUUUGUUAUCUUUUAAAAUUUGCAUCUGCAAGAUGUUAAAAUCAACCGAUUGAAAACGAGGGCUGCAGGAGUCAUGAUUUAACUAUUUCGCCGCUGGCUGUUUGCAGGAACUUAGACUUGGGUCCAACAUAUCCAACGUAUAGGCGGUUAAAAACUAUGCCAAACCGGAUUCUACCACGAAAAGUUGCUGCAAUACACAACGACCAGUUGCCACAUGAGGAAACGCAGACUUGAGCAAAGAUGAAAAAAUCUAUUAAAAUCACAACACUAUCAGGUGGAGAUACAGAAGCAGAGAACAAGAAUGGUCAUAAGAAAACUAAGGAAGAGACACUGAGUGUCGGAUACUUUCAGCUGUUUCGGUUCGCCACCGGGAAGGAAGUGGGGAUGAUGGCGGUGGGGAGUCUGUGUGCCGUCGUGCACGGAGCAGCUUCGCCCCUCAUGCUUCUGGUGUACAGCAUGAUGACCAACACGUUUGUGGCCUAUGAGCUGGAGGUCCAGGAACUGAAGCAGGGCAAGGAGUGCAUCAACCACACCAUUCACUGGGAGAACGGCUCCGUGUAUGAAAAGGAUGGAAACGGCACCAUGGAGUGUGGUUACGUGGACAUUGAAGCACAGAUGACCAUGUUUGCAUAUUACUACAUUGGUAUUGGAUUAGGAGUCCUGAUUGUUAGUUACUUUCAGAUUUUCCUCUGGGUGUCAGCGGCCGCCAGACAGACUCACCGGAUCCGAAAGACUUAUUUCAAAAAGGUGAUGCGAAUGGAGAUCGGCUGGUUUGACUGCACCUCCGUUGGUGAACUGAACACGAGGAUCUCAGAUGAUAUCAACAAGAUCAACAACGCCAUCGCCGAUCAGGUGUCUAUCUUCAUUGAGAGGCUCUCCACCUUCGUGUUUGGCUUCAUGGUCGGAUUCAUCGGCGGCUGGAAGCUGACGCUGGUCGUCAUAGCAGUGAGCCCUCUGAUCGGUAUAGCCGCUGGACUCAUGGCUAUGGGCGUGGCCAGGCUGACGGGUCGAGAGCUGAAGGCCUACGCGAAGGCAGGGGCGGUGGCCGACGAGGUGCUGUCGUCCAUCAGAACGGUGGCUGCGUUUGGUGGCGAGCAAAAGGAAGCAGAUAGGUACGACCAAAACCUGGUGGAAGCUCAGAACUGGGGCGUGAAAAAAGGGGCCAUCAUAGGCAUUUUUCAAGGGUACCUGUGGUGCAUAAUCUUCCUCUGCUACGCUUUGGCCUUUUGGUAUGGCUCUAAACUGGUCAUUGAAACCCAGGAGCUGUCUCCAGGCAGCCUUAUUCAGGUGUUUUUCGGCGUCCUCAUGGCAGCGAUGAACCUGGGUCAGGCCUCACCCUGUCUGGAGGCGUUUGCGUCCGGCCGCGCAGCUGCAAAGAGCAUCUUUGACACCAUCGAUCGGGAACCGGAAAUCGACUGCUUUUCAGAAGAGGGACAUAAACUAGACAGAGUAAAGGGUGACAUUGAGUUCCACGAUGUCGCCUUCUACUACCCGUCACGGCCCGAUGUCAAGAUUUUAAACAGUCUGAGUGUGAAGGUAAAAGCGGGGGAAACCACUGCUUUUGUUGGACCGAGCGGAUCCGGGAAGAGCACCACGGUCCAGCUCAUCCAGCGGUUUUAUGACCCGAAGGGAGGAACGGUGACUCUGGACGGCCACGACAUCCGCACCUUGAACAUCCAGUGGCUUCGCUCUCUCAUCGGUAUCGUCGAGCAGGAGCCUAUUCUGUUUGCUACCACCAUUGCAGAAAACAUUCGCUUCGGGCGCCCUGGAGUUACGAUGGAAGACAUUAUCCAGGCAACAAAAGAGGCCAAUGCCUAUAAUUUCAUUAUGGAUCUGCCACAGAAAUUUGAAACCCUGGUGGGAGAAGGCGGCGGCCAGAUGAGUGGAGGGCAGAAGCAGAGGAUCGCCAUUGCUCGAGCGCUGAUCCGAAACCCCAGGAUCCUGCUGCUGGACAUGGCCACGUCCGCUCUGGACAACGAGAGCGAGGCUGUGGUGCAGGAAGCGUUGGACAAGGUGCGCACGGGCAGGACAACGAUAUCCAUCGCCCACCGGCUUUCCACCAUCAGAAAUGCCGACGUCAUCGUCGGCUUUGAGCACGGACAGGCGGUGGAGAAGGGAACGCACAGUGAGCUGUUGGAGAGACAAGGCGUCUAUUUCACUCUGGUCACACUGCAAAACCAGGGGACAAGCAACACAGCUAAAGGUGAAUUCAGUGAAGCUCCUAAAGACGAUCCACCCUUUAAAGCCAGAAGCUUUAGCUGUGGAAGCGUCAGAUCCAGCAAUAGGUCAAGGAGUUCUUUUCGUUUCAGUUCUGGGAAAACAUUGUCAAGUGACCCUGAAGUUUUAUCAGACAGCAUCGCAAUGUGUUCAGACAAGGGAAUGGCACUAGAGGACAACCAUGUAGAGGAUGAUGAAGAUGAUGAUGACGACGAGCACUUAGAAUCGGCCCCAGUGGCUCGUAUCCUUAAGUACAACCAACCCGAGUGGCCCUACAUGUUACUGGGCUCACUGGGAGCUGCUGUCAAUGGCUCAGUCAACCCCAUCUAUGCCAUCCUGUUCAGCCAGAUCCUGGGGACUUUUGCCAUUAGUGACUUGGAUGAACAGAGGAAGCAGAUCGACGGGAUAUGCGUCCUGUUUUGCAUCGUGGCUGUGACGAGUUUCUUUUCGCAGUUUUUACAGGGUUACGCCUUUGCGAAAUCUGGAGAGCUGCUGACUCGGCGCCUGAGGAAGGUGGGCUUUCAGGCCAUGCUGAAACAGGAGAUCGGUUGGUUUGAUGACCCCAGAAACAGUCCAGGAGCCCUGACCACCAGACUGGCCACUGAUGCUUCCAUGGUGCAGGGGGCGACCGGUUCUCAGAUCGGCAUGAUCGUGAACUCGCUGACCAACAUCGGCGCCUCUUUCAUCAUCGCCUUCUACUUCAGCUGGAAGCUGACGCUGGUGAUCAUGUGCUUUUUGCCGCUCAUUGGGCUGUCCGGAGUUUUCCAAGCCAAAAUGCUCACGGGGUUCGCAAACGAAGAUAAAAAGGCCAUGGAAGCAGCCGGUCAGGUUUCUAGUGAGGCCCUUUCCAACAUCAGGACUAUUGCAGGAUUGGCCAAAGAGAGCUCGUUUGUGGAGGCGUAUGAGCAGAAGCUUGAGCUUCCGUAUAAAUCAGCUAAGAAGAGAGCAAACAUCUACGGCAUCUGCUUUGGCUUCGCCCAGUGUGUCAUCUUCAUGGCGUACGCUGCUUCCUUUCGCUUUGGUGGCCACUUGGUGACUGCUGACGGCUUACAUUAUAUGCUGGUUUUCAGAGUGAUUUCUGCGGUAGUAAUCAGUGGGACGGCGCUGGGCAGAGCCUCCUCCUUCACGCCAGAUUACGCCAAAGCCAAGACUGCUGCUGCUCAGCUCUUCAAGCUGCUGGAUCGAGUUCCAAAGAUCAAUAAUAGCCCCACGCACGGAGGAAAAUGGGAAAAGUUCCGAGGUGAAAUCGAGUUCCUCAGCUGCAAGUUCACUUAUCCAACACGACCACACACCCAGGUGUUAAACGGCCUGAUUGUGUCUGUGAAGCCUGGUCAGACUCUGGCCUUUGUUGGGAGCAGUGGCUGUGGGAAAAGCACCAGUGUUCAGCUGCUGGAAAGGUUCUAUGACCCAGAUGAAGGCCAAGUGAUGAUUGAUGGCUGCCCGUCUCAUACAAUCAACGUGCCGUUCCUGAGAUCUCAGAUUGGCAUCGUGUCCCAGGAACCUAUCCUGUUUGACUGCAGCAUAGCUGAGAACAUACAGUACGGCGAUAACACACGCAGCGUCAGCAUGGAGGAGAUUGUAGAAGCUGCUAAGAAAGCCUAUCUUCACGACUUUGUGAUGACCUUACCAGAUAAAUACGAGACUCAGGUUGGUGCUCAAGGUUCCCAGCUAUCAAGAGGACAAAAACAACGCAUCGCUAUUGCCAGGGCCAUCGUGAGGAACCCAAAGAUCCUGCUCUUGGAUGAGGCCACCUCUGCCUUGGACACAGAGAGCGAAAAGACUGUUCAAGCGGCUCUGGAUGAAGCAAGGAAAGGCAGAACCUGCAUCGUCAUCGCUCACCGGCUGUCCACCAUCCAAACUGCUGACAUCAUCGCAGUGAUGUCUCGUGGCGUGGUGAUAGAGCAAGGCACUCAUGAUUACCUCAUGGCCAAGAAGGGGGCAUAUUAUAAGCUCUACACAACAGGUGCCCCUAUCAGCUAGGUGCCGGCACUAUAACGAGCAAACGGAUGUUCCUGUAAAGCGUUUAUUGUAUUUUGUAAUGAAUGAUGUUGUGUCAUGGUAUCUAUUUGUAUAGACAAAACACAGAUUCGAUUCGGAGACUAGAUUUUGUAGCUUUAAAAUAAUAUUUUUGUGGUGAUAAAAUUGUGUAUUUAUUUGCUCUAUUAAAACAUAUUUUUCUUUCAACUUGGACUUUACCUUUA